UCAUUUGUUGCAAAAUUUUCAGUUGAGUUAGCGAAGAACUUCGGAGUUUUCUGGCUUCCGAGCGAUGGUUUUCGUCAGGAAUUUCUUACUUCAACAACUAAAAGAAAGACCAAAUUUGAAGAACGUGAAAAAUCCGAGGAAUUAUCGGUUGAUCGCCGCGUUUGUAGUAUUUCUUGGAGCAGCUUUUGGACCGAUCUACAUUUACCCGCUGUAUAAUUCGAAAGCUUAUCAGGAAAUCCAAGAAAAAGGGAGAGCAGGAAUCAGCCAAGAAGAUAUCCAGCCUGGUGGUAUGAGAGUUUGGUCAGACCCAUUUGCACCAUUGCCAGAUAAAGACCAGAAGAAAGAAGAGUAAAUAAGAGGAGUGCCAGCAUAGGAGCCUAAAGUCUAAAUCAAGAAAUAACUGUUGCAAUAUACAAAAUUAUAUUGCAAAGUAGUCAUAAAAACCUUUUUAAUAGUCACUUCCCUUAUUCAAAGCUGUAUAUUACAGCUACCACUGUAUUUAUAAUAUUUCUAUUUUGAACUUUUAAGUUUUUCAUAAACCUUCAUUUUCUAGUGAUUGCAGCGUCAUCAAAUUCCUAUAUAAUUUAUAAUUCCUGUUUAUCCUGUGACCACUCGUAACAUUAUUGUUCUUUGGAAAGAGCUCAAUAAUCUUUAAGUUGUUACAAUUAGCCUUUCUUUGAAGAUA